GGGGGUCUGCUCAGUGUCGGUUGUAUUUUUAAUAGCGUGAGACGCGGUUGCUAAACGCGCAUGAGUUUUCGCUUCCCGGUCAAAACGUCGUCAAGUGAUAUUAUCAAGUGUUCAUUCACGUUAACUUUUUUGUAUUUUUCCUCAACUCAUUAAAAUUUUGUUUACAUUGUCGGUUAAAACGUAUUUUUAAUUGAAAAAUGAACAAUCUAAAACAUAUUACACUUCAAAUGGAUAAGAUGGAUGCUGAUAAAUUAAAAAAUCAAGGUAUUCACAACGAGGCUAUUGACGACAUCGAUGGACGUGUGCGUCGUAUACCACGAGCAGUUCCUGAAACUGAUGACGAUGAAAAUGACGAUCGUCACUAUACAGAUGGCAAUAAUGUUGGUGUUGACGAUAGUCUUCUAGCCGAUGAUGAGAAUCGAGGCGGCAGUCGGGGUGGAAGUGUUGUUCCUUUUGCAAAAUCUCCCCUGCCGAAUGGAGGACCAAGUCGAAGCUUUCCAUAUCCCGGCUACAAUGGUAACGGGUUCGUGAACAUCAAUGGCGUGCAGACGCCAAUACCAGAUGUUAAUACGUAUCAGCAUAAGAAGACACUGGCAAAGGGUAUGAUGGACUUGGCGCUACUCUCGGCGAAUGCGAAUCAACUUCGUUAUGUGCUGGAGACAAAACAACAACAUCCAUAUUUUUAUCCCAGUUUAUUGUUCAUUUCGUUGAGUAUCAUAUUCCAGAUUGCCGUAGGCGUCGGACUUAUAUGGAUUAGCAGAUACAAUAUUAAGAACGAGAAGGAAAUCUGUCGUGCGAACCGAAUUAAUAAUUACACAGUCAUUGGCAUUUUCAUUGUAACCGUUGUCAAUGUGUUAAUCUCGGCGUUUACAACAGCGUGAAUUCAAUGCGGUCUGCGUCAAGUCAACAGGGCAGAAGACUGACAAACGAAAAAUAUUUUAACAGACUGGAAUUAUCAAUGGUUUAAAGAAAUCCGUAGAGAAAUUCGAAUUCAGUCAGCUCACCAGUUAAUGCUGCUAACAUAAAAAUAAACAGUAUUUGGCUGGAUCUCAAAAUGAAUUCAGUGUCUAUCGCCAUCAACAAUUAUUGCAAGACUCAUCAAAUUACAAAUAAAUAAAGCUACAGUGCACUGGAAAAAAACCAAGUUCUAAAAUCAAAAACAUUUGUUGUGUUGUUCAAAUAAGACCACUUUAAGAACAAAUUUUUAAAACUAAGAACUAAGUCUAAGAACUAAGUCUAAAAUAAAAUUUAGCGGUAUUAUUUUCAAAAUAUACCGAAAUACUGCAAACACAACAACAAAACAAAAUGUAUAUUUGGUAUAUCGAUAUAGUACCGCAUUCAAAAUGUACCAUAGACGGCCCAAUAUACUAGAUUGUUAGCCAAAGCUACUAAGACCCCUAGUAAGUAGGCGUUUUUCCCCAUAUAAAAGUAUUUCAUUAAUAACUCCCACAAUUUUGGUCUGAUCGCAACCAAAUUUUCAGGAGUCAUAACUAUUAUUGUUAAUAUUGUAUACACCAAAAUUCGAUCUAGGUUUAAAAUUACGCUUGUUAUUUGAUUUUUGUUGAUUUGCGGGGGCGGAAGAGGACGUGGCAAAAAUUUGAAACAAACUUGAUCUGCGUGCAAACAUAACAAAUGAUGUCGAAACAAAAAUAUAGCUCUAUCUCGUAUAUGGCUAGAGCGUCUCGGCUAUUGCUGGUGAUCAAGAAUAUGUAUAUAUUUUAUAGGGUCGGAGAUGCCUCCUUCUACCUGUUACAUACAUUUCCUGAAGUCACAAAGUUA